AGGCUAGGAGGCGCGAGCUCGGAAUAAGCUCGUGAACGAAAUGGGAUUCGCUACAAAAAUAAAAGAAUGAAUAUGAAAUACGCUGUUCAGGGUUAUGAACUACAAAGUGUAUACGGUAGGCAGAGUGGCUUUUUAAAAGAGUUUUCCUUUCAUGAGGACAAAUAUUAUAGAAACGCAUGAAAAGGGUUCCUGAAGUUGUGGCUGCAAGCUGAUUGAUGAUAUAGAUAAAGCAACAGCCUGUGGCAGUUGCUUUUGACUCUCAGUUAAAAUGAGCUGGACUCUGGAUAAUUGGAAAGCAGAUCUGCCUCAUCGAGCCUUACAGAAAGUUGAGGACUUGGAGGUACAACUUGAAAAGCUGAAGAAGGAGCGCCAGCAGAGGCAAUUUCAGCUAGAAACUUCAGACACAGCUCUUCUUAAGCAGAAGCAAAAGUAUGAUGAAAGCUGUAAUGAAGCCUCAACUUUAAAAAAAGAAGUGAAGAAACUUUUAGAAGACACAACUUCCUUGGACCGAGCUAAAGGGCGUCUAUCUCAUGAUCUACAGGUGAAGGAUGCUCAGGUGUGCAGUCUGGAGGGACAGCUUGGCUCUGCACGUAAACAGAUCGACUCCUUGCAGCAAGAGCUCAAACGUGUACAAGCUGAGCUGGAAAAACUACAAAAUGCAGAACAUUCAGGGGAAUCGCUGCUUUUUUCUACUCCAUCCUGGAACUAUGCAAGCUUUUCCACACCUAAAAGAGAUCAAACAGAAUACCGAGGGGAUGGUAAAGAAAGAGGUUUCUUUGAAAAGCAACCAGCCAAUCAGGAGGUUAAUGCCAAGUGCCCAUUGCAAUUAUCUGUUGUUGAAAAGAGCCCUCAGCAUGGAGGCAAAGUCAGCACAAGGACAAAUUCAUGGCAUCAGGAUUCAACACCAGUCUCACACACAAACUGUUCAUCUGAAAGAGCAACCAGGAGGGGAAGGACAACUCCAAGUUCUCCCUCCUGUUUGUUUCCCUGGGAGCAAGAUGAUGGACCUCAGAAAACAAGUAGCCAGUCAGGGUAUAAACCUCCUGCACAUCUUCAGACAAAGAGCACAGAAGACAGAGUUAACAGUUCUGAGCACAUGGGGAUAGAGGAGCAGGAGUUAAGAAAAAGAAAUGAAGCAUUGCAGAAUACUGUGCAUAACUUAGAGGUAUGGAUCCAAACCCUUGAAAAAGAGGCCCAGGCUCAUUCUCAGGAAGUUCAGAAUACACAGUCUAGUCUGAAGAUCCUCAAGGAAAAGCUUGCAAGCAGUGAACAGAGCCUCGGCAAAUCCCAGGAUGAGCUAGCCGUCAAGACAACAAAUUGUGAGGAAGCUCUAACAAAGUGUCAGUCUCAAGAGCAGAAGUUAAAGCAGUUAGCUGAAGAGCUAAACUGUCAGAGACAAAAUGCAGAAAUUGCCAGGAGAGCAGCUGAACAACGUCGAAAGGAUCAAGAAAAAGAACACUACAAGGAACUUGCAGAGCAGCAGCGUUUAACUCAGAAUUUGGAAAAUCAGCACAAGUCAGAAACUGAUAAAUUAAACCAAGAAUUGCAGCAGGCAAGAAAUCAACACCAUGUUCUGCAGGCCCAGAUAGAUAAGAUCUUGCUGCAAAAGCAGUGUGCAGAAAAAGACUUGGAAGCUGCACAAAGUAAAUUGCAGUGGACGGAAAAGGAGCUACAGUCCAGUCAGAAGGCAGAAGCAGACCUUCAGAUUAAGCUCACGGAUUUACUACAACAUAAAGAACAGUUGACUGUUAAUCUCGAGCAGAGCCUCAGAAAGGUGCAGCAAAUGGAAGAACACAUAAAGACAGUAAACCAGGAAUUGUUAGAGAGGAAGAAUAGCUCUGAGGACUUACAAGCCAAAUAUUUAGGCUACACGUCUCCUGUAUCCAUAAGGGCCAGCCCAACAGGUGAAAGCUACAGUCCAAGAAUAGUGUUGAAAGAAAAACAUCAAACUCAAAAUAAGAGAAAAGAUACCUUGAAGAAAGAAGAGGUAAAAAUAAUAUCCAUGUCUUGUGGGAAUAUAGAAGAGCACUCCAUAUCAUCUUUUAACAAAAGAGAGCCGGGUGAGGGAAUGGAUUCUGAAAUUUCAGAGCAACAGAGAAUGACACUUGGUUUUCAAGAGUUUCACGAGAGUAAAACUGAACAAAGUGAAGAAAGUUAUCCUGUUUCCCAAGAUGACGAAAAUGGAAAUUCUUCCUUUACCUCUGAUGAUUUAACUGUAAAAACUCCUGAUACUUUGGAAAGAGAAAUCAAAAGACUGAAAUCUGAUUUGAAAGAAUCUCAGAUAGAACUGGAUCAAAGGCUGGAGGAGUUAAAUAUUCAAAGAAAGGCUGCAAGAGACUACCAUGCAAAGCUGAAGCAAACUGCUAAAAAACAUUCUAUAGAAAUUGACAAACUUCAGAAAGCAAAAGAUACAUUUAAAGAAAGAGUAGACUGUUUAGAAAAAGAGCUGGAGGUCAAAAGAGCGGAAGUAGUUAAUCUGAAAGGUGUUCAUGCUUCUCUAGAAGCUCAGUUAAAUUUACCAAGGGAUUCAAGAGAUUUAGAAAAAGAGAUAAUGCAGUCUGAUGAUGCAUUAGAUCAUAAAGACACUUCUGAAGCAUUUCAGAAACAAAAAUGUGCUUUAUUAUAUUUGAAGGAACAGGACACUGUAAAUGAAAACACAGAAUUCAAAGAUUUGAAACAAAGUGAAAAAAUAAAGCAAGUGGAGCAGUGUUGUGCUGUAAACAAAGAAGCUAGCUUAAUUGUGUCUGUUAAUAAUAAUAACUGUAAUAAUAAUAUUAGCAGUUCUCACCUUGUAGAGUCUGAAUUAAAUGAAUCAUUUUCAACAGAUGAUAAUAAUACUACAAUCAUUAAAGAACUGCAGGAAAUUCUAAGCUCUAAAGAGGCAUUAAUGAAGGCAAGAGACAAGGAACUAGAAGAUCUUAAGUCAAAAUUGCAUGAAAUGGAAACUUUAAUACAUAACGUGGACAAGUUUGCUUUAUUAAAAACUAUCAAAGAGUCUAAAGAUGUUCAAACAUCACCAACAGAUGGGAUGACUAAUCUGUUACAGCUGGAUCUAGACAUGGAACAACUGCACAGAAAAUGCAGAGAACUAGUAUGGGAGAAAGACCAAGCAGAGAAAAAGACACUUGAGGCCCAAAGCAAAUUUGACAAUCUCCAGUCUAAAAUAAACAGAGAGACGUCUCAGCUAACUUUAGCUUUUGAAACCCAAAGCCAAAACAUUGAGAAUUUGUUGGCUAAUUUGGAGGAAAAGGACAAUGCUGUUGAGCAACUUAGCCAAGAAUUACAGGUGGCCAAGCAAAAGGUGUCAAUACUGCAAGAUGAAAAUAAUGUGCUCAGUGCUAAACUAUGCUUGCAUGUCUCUUUAGACAAGAAAAUUGAAGGGAUACCACAACACCUUGAGAGCAGAAAUAAAUUUGAAAAAGUCAGUAAGGGUAAAAGUGAGAUAGAAGAGCCGUUAACUAACAAACAGCAAACACCACUAGAAAAAAUGGAAGCUAUUUUUUGUGAAAGAGACACAUGGUUUACAACAGCCAGCAUAUCUUGUAGUGAUGAGGAAGAGAAGAUACCUUUCAGUAUUACAGGUAAUGCUACAGUGAGAGAUAAAGUAAGCAGAAAACAAAUUAUUACAGAAGACUAUCCAAAUAGAAUGGUCUCAGGAGUUGUAGAAACAGAUUUUGUAAACGGUAAAACACUGGGUACUACUGAGGUCUUAACUACAGUUUUAGAAAAGCAGCAGAGAGAACUAAGCCAAAGUCAGGAUAGCAAUAAACAGAAGAAAAACACAUUUCCUCCUUUAAAUAAUUUUCAGAUGGUCAUUAACAAUGAGGAGAAUUACACUUCUCUUUUGUCAGUUAGUUCUGAAUCCUGUGAAAAGACUAUAGGGUGUAAAAUAGAUGAGAUCAGUGAGCAAAGAUAUACAUGCAUUCCUGUGACUGAGGAUUUGGACCUGCCGAAUAUUGUCUCUUAUCCUCAAGAAAACAGAGACAGUGGGAGCCAGCAAGUUGUACAAACUGUGGAUUCUUAUUCCCAGUUUCCAUCAGAAUAUAAAAGCUUGAAACUUGCACUUGAGCAGAGUAAUAAGGCACUACAGGAGCAGAGUGAUAAAGUUCAAGGGAUGAUAAAGGAGAUUGAGGAUGCUCAAACUUGGAAAUAUAUGUUUAUUAAAGAAAUGGCCCAUAUUUUGAAAUCCUGCAGAGAGGGAGGAGACCAGCAAAAGGGCAUCACUAGAAAUUUGCAAAGAAUGGUACAGGAGUUCAUUAAUAAAAAUCUGGACGAUGAGCUGUCUGAGCUGCAGGGCACACUAGAAGAUUAUACAACACCAGUUCAACAAACAAAGGAGAAAGUGACAUCUAUUGUAUUAAAUCAGGUGAAGGAAUUGCAUGAAUUGGUUUCUAACCUCACUGAAGAGAAGAACAAACUGAAAGAUGAACUGGAGCUUUGGAAAGGCCAAAUUCUAGGAAAUCCAGACUCCUCAUCUUGUAGUGAUAUGCUGGUGCAACCUGCCAAAGACACAAUAGUUUUGGUUCAUGAGGCAUUAGUCUCACUUCCAUGUACAAUGGGCAAGGCUGUAUCAUUAAGGACUGGAGCUAAAGUAGCAGAAACUGUUUCAUACUUGGAAAAACCCAAGGAUUCUCCUCCAUCUCAUCAAGUACAGAAUACACCAAAAGAUACUAUAAUCCACUGCAAAGAAGAUAAGAAUGACAGAAAGAAAUGCAACAUUACUUCUGAUAAAAAUGAGUGCGUGAGCUCUGGCAUUGAAAUUUCUGAUGGAAAACUCCUGCUUGUAAUGGAUAGUAAAACUACAAUGGAUAGUCAAACCAAGUUUAGAGAUGAUAUUGCUGGCAGCCAUUCACCUUUACACAUGGAUCAACUAUUACACUGCCAUAACCAAAAGAACAAUGAAGCAUCUUUAGUUAAUCACACCAAAACCAUGCAAAACUGUGAUAAUCUGAAAGUGGGACAGAGUAAUUUAUACAUUCCCUUAGAGGGUGAAACAAAUGUUAGUAAGCAUUUAACAGACAUUUCAAAACACAAUGCCACCGAGUGUGUUACUCGCACAAACAUUUACACAGAGGAAAUCAGAAAAUUGCGUGAUCUGGACCUUAUUAUAGACAAUCAAAUGAAUCCCAUCACCACACUUAGAACAGAUAGCAAUUUUACAUUGGAUGAGCAAAGCAAAGAUGUUCAUAAUGUCAUGACAACCUUCCAUAUCCCUGAAAAAGCUAGGGAAACUGGUAGUGUAAGCAAUAAACUAUAUGUGUCAGGCAGUGAUAAAAUGAUAGAAUUUAGAGGUGCAACUGACCAAAUUAGCAACAUAAAUAAUGUAUUAGGAUGCCAGUUGAAAGCAAUAAAAGGUGAUUGCCAAGAGACUGAGCCACUCAUAGCUGAACAGACCUUAUUUGAAAUUCAGCGUUUAGAUAAAGAGAAAACAAUUGAAUGUCUAACCAAUCCAGAUUUUGAUUCCAAGCCUGAAGUAGUUGAUAAAGUCACCAUGGGAGAGAGGUGCAAAAUAAACAAAGAGGAUGUCUAUGAUUUCAGCUGUUCUUCUAGUGAACAUAUGAACAAAAGAGAAGAUACAACUACACAUUGUAUCAAGCCAGAGUCAGAGCACAAGCAACUUAAGUUUGCCUCCCCAGAGUCACAGUUGGAAUAUGUUACAGUUAAUGUUACUGAUGUUGCAGAGGAGCAUUGGAAAAAUGCCAAAGUCAUUAACACCACAACUGAGAAAAACACGCAGAAUACUGAUUACUCAGAUUCUGCUCUAAAAGUUAUGGAACAACAAAGCACAAUAAAUGAUGGCUCAGUGUUAAGCCCUGAAGAGGUUAAGUCUCUGGUACUUCAUGAAGAAGAGCUGCGGAUGAUGGAGAAUGGCACUGGCAAUGAUUAUGCAUUACUUACAUGGCCUGAGUCCCUGAAGAAGCAUUUAGGAGCAACACCUUCUGAAGCAGAAACUAGUCUCCAUCUGUGCAGUGACUUGACUUUAGAACGAUCUGAUUACACAGUCAGCAGUACCUCAAGUGAAAGCAAGCCACUAAAUGAAAAGUCUUGGAUGGAUGGUGAAAUGAUUACAAAGGAGCUUUGUGGUACUGAAUUACUCCCUUCCAGUAGCCAAACAGAAAUUCAUACUAAGGUUCAAAGAAAGAUUGAAAAUGUGUGUCCUUUACAUAGAGAUGUGCAGUCAGUCUGGACACAGACAGAGCAUGACAUGGUAUCCAUCUUCUCACAAAAAUUAAAAGACCGUACAAUGUCUGCAGUGGCAGAGUUGCAAAGCAAACAAACACAGACAGAGAAUAACUGCAACUGGCAGAAAGCAUGGAAAGAUUCACAAACACAGACAGAACUUAUAUUUGGACCAGAAGAGAAUAAACUAGAAAUUGAAACUGAGAUAGAGGAUAUUGAGGACAGCAGCUCAUUGGGAGAUGAUAAACUCUUAUCGCUAGCAUUUCCACUAGAGUCUAACCCAGCUGAAAUAGCCGAGCGGAUUCUGAGGAAUCGCAAUCGAUUGUCAGUAGCAUAUGAUGAUACAGAGUAUGAACCUUAUGGCCUGCCAGAAGUGGUAAUGAAAGGCUUUGCUGACAUCCCUAGUGGUCCUUCUUGCCCUUAUGUUUUAAGAAGAGGUCUUCUAGGCACUACAUUGCUACCUGUUAAACAAAAACCAGCUUCAGAGGACAGUCCCAAUUUGUGACAGCCCUAAUUAUUCUGAGUUCUUCUUGCUGAAGUUUUCAUGGAAAAAAAACAAGUUAAUCUACUUAAGUGGAGGUUUAAAAAGGGGAUAUACAAACAACACUGUGAAGUUGGGUAGGAUGUGUGGAAUACUGUAUACCAUAUCAUUGAAUUGAACAACUUCUGCACUACUUAGAACACCUUUUGAUUUAUUGUUCACCAGCAUUUAUUUUACCCAUUGACCAUGGGGAUAUUUUGUAUAUUGACCAAUGACCAUUAUACUGCCCUGCUGUAGAAAAUGUAUUUAAUUUAUAUUUUAAUGAAAAUAUGGGAUCACUUCUACUUUAAUAUAGAGUAGUGACAAAUCUAACAUUCCAGUAAGGAUGUUUUCUUUAUCAGUUAAAAUAGAUUUGUAGCAAAUUUAUGGUAUGGAUCUGAUGCACAUCUACAUAGCAAAAAAAUGUAAUUUCUUUUGGUUCUGAUCAAUAAAAAUGUAUGCCUUGCUGGGAAUUCUCGGCUAUAAUCCCGUGGCUAAUACAGUGCCUUCAUUAAAUAGAGAGCAUUUAGUUGUUACUUGCAAAAAUCUGCAGGAGUAGUUUAAAAUCACAAUGAAGUUUUACCUCAGGCUUCUAUUUUGAAUAUCAGAUUGCUUAAGUAAUUUUGAUUUUAAGGGUCCUGAUCAUUUUUAGGUUACCUUGGGUCAUUCAUGGCAUAGGCUUUUAUUUAUAAAGAGAUGAGAGCAAAAUAGACUGAUCUCUGCAAACAGUAUGAAUAAAUAUUUGUAUCCCUACUCUUGUACUUAACCUCUUUUAGUAGUUUCAGUGCAAGAUUUAAGCCCCUGGCUUUAGUCUGGCAUGAAUUACCAAUCACCUCGGCAGUACCGAGCAGGUUUGUAAACUUGACUGUUGUAUUUUUGGUAGAUAUAAUGCCAAAUUCAUUUCAUACGUGACUUAACUGUGCACCCAACAUACUGUUUGUUUUUGUCACAUUGUCUUUUGCCUGCUGUUAAUAAUAUAAUUUAGGAUUUACAGCUGCUAGGGAGCUAAACAUGCCCUAUUGAGUAGCAAACCUGCAUGUACGCUAAGCAGUUUUAUGUUUGAGAUGAGGACCCUCUUUCUAAAUUAACACUUCUCUAUCUUUUGCCUCUUUACAACCUCUAUGGUGUCCCUUAUCCCAUAGGUCAGUGUUUUGAUGAAUACUAAGAAAAAGAUUUUUAAAGGGCAACAUCCACAUAAUAAUGGAAUUGUUGGCCCCGUUCUGCUAUGCUGAUCAGUAGGAUACCAUGAAGGUAUUUGUAUAGUUUGAGUUCAGCAAGUGAAAUUCUGAAACACUUACCUCAACAUUUAUUGCUUUGUUCCAAUGCCAAACAGUUCAAAUCCUGUUAUAGCCAUAUUGUGCCCAUAUAACAGAUACUUUGUAAGUUGCAUAUUUUAAAAGUGCAGUUGGGUGUGAUCAUGGUACUUUUUUUAAGCUACUGCCUUUUUGCAUUUAACAGCCUGUUAUUAAAAGAACAACCUGAUUAAUUUUUUUCUUUUUUUUUGCUGAGCAGACCUCUUAAAGGAAACUGCUUAGCAUGUUUUUAUGUCUGGCAGUCAUUAAUUUGUAACAGUUAAAACAUUUUACUCUGUUUAUAUUCAGGCAUAUAUAUAUAUAUACCUCUUUGACCAAACAAAACAUUUCAUCACUUCUUGCUGGACUUUUAAACAAAUAAAAUCUUUAGCAAACAUUUCACAAAUGAUCCACAUUUGAUAGGUUAGUAAAACUUGGCUGGGAAUUUCCAGCUAUUUACAUGAUUAGGUAACUCAGGUGGCACAUGUUGGGCCGAUUCAGUCUGACCGGGUAAUCAGCCAGUCAGUCCGUGUGCCUUUGCCAGUACUGAACCUGUCACCAGUGUGUUUUAUUAGAAGUCCAAAAUGCAUCCACAGUUGUAUAAAACAUCUAAACAAGCUUUCAGAAGUAAUUUUACUGUACUGUAUCUAAUAUUUUUUCAUUAUCAGCUGUACUAAAUAUGCUUUCUGUUUUAGAUAUAAAUGUGACUGCUUUUGAUUAAUUGAUAAUGCUAAACAGCUACAGCACUCCAAAAUAUGAAAGAGAAUUAUUUGUAAUAUCAUCUUAUGUGUUAUUUUUUGUAUUUUAAUUUAAAAGUAUACCGUGUACAAUUAAUGUAAUUAAGAUUGAUAUGUGUUUUGCCAGUUUAUUUAGUUUGUAAAUAUUAAUUAUUCUGCCUUUUGACCACUGCCUUUAAUGUUUUACUUUAACCAGUGAUGCCUCUUUCCUUCUAUGAAUUCAUAAAUAAAAACUGCACUAACUAGCAAAGUAAAGAGAAAAAAAUAGAGUACAUGAAUGUUUUUCAAUAUCUGAUUUAUGAACAUAAUGUUUCGUUUUCUGAAUGUGAACAGUUACUGCUUUGUGGUCUUUUUUUCUGCUGUUUGUAGGAUGUUUUGAUGAACCAAGAAUGUUAUGUAAUGAAGUAAACUUUUCAGGAAUAAAAAUUUACCUUUCUUAUGCUGCAAGCUGCAAAUGUCAAGAGAAAAAAAACAUUUACAGGAACAAAAAUCUGUUAAAGUACUUUCUAAUCUGAGAAAACAGGGCUCCCAUAUGUAAAGGUUUAAUUAAGUCAUCUUCUCUCUCUUGUGUACCUCUAGAUAUUAUGGUUAAUGCCAUUACUACUUGAUCCUGCAGACUGCACUGUAACUACUGCCGAGUCUUUAUGUUGAUCUUUAUGCUGCCAGUGGUAUGUUUUUUAACAUAAUGUGUCUGUUAAAAACACACUAUUUAAUAAAGUUUUUUUGUAAAUUCA